CAUAAAAACCGUGUGCGCCGCGCCUAGUACUCACUACCCGUCGCAUGUCCACCAUCCCAGUCGCCAAAGCUGUAGCCGCACCGAGUGUGCAAGAGAUAAAGCAAAGCCGCGAGGAACCCAUGGGCGAUCUCAUGGUCGCGGACGUUGAUGCGGCUGCGCGGCCGCCGCCGUCCAAGUCGGACAACCUCUUCAUGCAGAUCGCCGUCCACCCGGACGGUGCCGUCACGCGGCCCGUCGUCCCCACCAUCCCGGCUUCCGACGCCGGCAGCGGGGCGGCCGUCUUCAGCAGGGACGUGCCCCUCGACACCUCUCUUGGCACGUACAUCCGGCUAUACCUCCCCAACCCCGUCCCGUCGUCGACGAAGCUCCCCGUCAUCCUCUACUUCCACGGCGGCGGCUUCGUUGUCUUCAACGCCGACACCGCCUUCUACCACGCCUCCUGCGAGGCCAUGGCGGCGGCCGUACCGGCCAUCGUCGCCUCCCUCGACUACCGCCUCGCACCCGAGCACCGCCUGCCCGCCGCCUAUGACGACGCCGUCGCGGCCGUGAUGUGGCUCCGUGACGUGGCGCCCCAGGACCCCUGGAUCGCCGAGCACGGCGACCUCGCCUGGUGCUUCGUCAUGGGCAGCAGCUCCGGCGGGAACAUGGCGUUCAACGCCGGCGUCCGGACCAAGGGCAUCGAUCUGAGCCCCGUCGCGGUGCGCGGGCUCCUGCUGCACCAGCCGUACCUCGGCGGCGUCGAGCGGACGCCGUCCGAGGAGAGGUCGGAGGACGACUUCAUGGUGCCGCUGGAGGCCAACGACAAGCUCUGGAGCCUCGCACUGCCGCUGGGCGCGGACCGCGACCACGAGUUCAGCAAUCCGGAAAAGGCGGUGGCACAGGAAGCCGUGGUCGGCCUGCCGCGGUGCCUGGUGUCCGGGAGCGACGGCGACCCACUGAUCGACAGGCAGAGAGGGUUCGCCACGUGGCUGCGGGACAGUGGCGUGGAGGUCGUCGCCAAGACGGACGGCUCCGGGUUCCACGCUGCGGAGCUCUUCGUGCCAGAGAAGGCCGAGGAGAUGUUCGCGCUGGUUCGCGAUUUCGUAUCCGCUGGCAGCGAUGCUUGAUGCUUGACGCUGAUCUGAGUGCGCCUCUGAGUGCGCCGUGUUGAUGGGAGGCCAUCAAUUCGAGCAUGUGACUGUGUGUUGUGAUCAAUAAUUCGCCACUGUUCGCAACGUGGUGCGGUGCGUUGAAAUUGUAAAAAAUCUUCACUAGAAAUUGAUUGAUGUUUAUGGAUCACACUUGGGCCUAGUUUGGCAGCGUCGAUUUUUCAAAAUCGUGGUACUCUAAAAUCUCAUGGAGUAACUUGAGGAGCCAUCAGUUAACAAGCGCUUCUUCGAAAACGGGGCUUGCCUGCUACCAUUCCCUGCUCCCAUCCGUGCUCCCUUCGCUAAUUGUUUAUCGGACGGCUCGCGCUAUUUCCUUUCCCGCGUGUCUUUUUUUGGCCAAAAAAACCCACGAAGCUCCCGUAUUUCUCUUUGCCUCGAUACGUAUUCGCUCCUCUUUCGCCUUCCCUGCCGACAGUCGACCGUGAGAAGCGGAGGAAUCGAGUGGAUCGGCUGCAGCCCCGUCCCGUCAUCGUGGCCUCCAACGGGAGGUCCGCCGGCGUGAAAGCAGGGGCGCGGCAAGCCCGAGUGGAUCGGCUGCAGCCCCGUCCCGUCGCCGCAGCUAUGGCGCCGCCGCCACGCCCGUCCCAGAUUGCAGCCUCUCUCGCCGCAAGACCGUCUCCUCCUCUUGAUUCGUCGUCGCACCAAAGUCCAGGUCUUGGAGAUGCCUGCGAGGGGGGCAGCCAUGGUGGAGCUCGGGUCUGGAUAGUGGAGGUGGUGGUGGAUGUUGUGCCGCCACUCAAGAGCACGGCGGCAGUGGCCGGGCGGAGGCCGCGGCGAGCGACGAGGGCGGCCGCCACACAGCGGGUCUUCGGGGCCCCGACACCAUUCACGCGGCUGCCGACCUCGACUUGGCAUGCACCAUGGUGGUGGUGAUAUUUGCAUACAGGAUGAGGCCAGAAGAUGGUUCAACUGAGUGAACAAGCUACUCCUUCGAUCGAUGUUUGGAAAGUCGUAUGGUUGGGCUGAUCCUCAUCCAGGUCACAGUGGCGCUCCAUUACCGUACUGAUGGACUAUCUGUUUGUCAGGUUAGACAAACAAAUCUAUAAUGUUGGUAAUAGUAUUGUUUGUAUCUGAUGCUGACCAAGCCUAUUCAAUACAUGACAUAUAAGACUAUUUUUAUAUUUAUCACAUUCACGAAUUGCUUAUUCAAUAAAUUGCUAAGUGAUAUAGAUAAUCUCCUUUAA